AUGGCCCAAAACUUGAAGGAUUUGCUGGGCCGACUGUCCUCAGGGCCAGGAGGUAUAGGCACGGCUCUAAAACUGCUACUGGGUGCCGGAGCCAUGGCCUACAGCAUCCACGAAUCCACAUUCACCGUGGAAGGCGGCCACAGGGCCAUUUUCUUUAACCGCAUCGGUGGGGUACAGCAGGACACCGUGCUGGCCGAGGGCCUCCACUUCAGGAUCCCCUGGUUCCAGUACCCCAUCAUUUUUGACGUCCGGGCCAGGCCCCGACAGCUGUCUUCCCUGACGGGCUCCAAGGAUCUGCAGACGGUGAACAUCUCGCUGCGGCUGCUGUCCAGGCCCAAGGCGCUGGAGCUGCCCCGCAUGUACCAGCAGCUGGGGCUGGACUACGAGGAGCGGGUACUGCCAUCCAUCGUCAACGAGGUGCUCAAGAGCGUGGUGGCCAAGUUCACCGCCUCGCAGCUCAUCACCCAAUGGGCCCAGGUGUCCCUCGGGGUCCGGCGAGAGCUGACAGAGCGAGCCCUGGACUUCCACCUCAUCCUGGACGAUGUGGCCAUCACCGAGCUGAGUUUCAGCCACGAGUACCGGGCAGCCGUGGAGGCCAAGCAAGUGGCCCAACAGGAGGCCCAGCGAGCCCAGUUCUUGGUGGAAAAAGCCAAGCAAGACCAGCGGCAGAAGAUUGUGCAGGCCCAGGGCGAGGCCCAGGCUGCCCAGAUGUUGGGAGCGGCCCUGAGCAAACAUCCCGGCUACCUGCAGCUGCGCCGCAUCUGGGCCGCCCAGAACAUUGCCAAGACCAUGGCCGCCUCCCAGAAUCGGCUCUAUCUGGCCUCCCACAACUUGUUGCUGAAUCUGCAGGAUGAAGGCUUCAGCCGGGCCUGUGAUUCUCUUGUCAAAGGUCAGGACGAGGAGCAGAUUCUGAAACAUUGA